GGCAGCGCUCGGUGGAGGCUGAGGGCGUCGCCGGGUCGGGCCGGUGCGGGAUGGAGGUGACCAGAAGCAAUUUUAAGGAUAACCUAAACAAAGUAUAUGAAGCCAUUGAGGAGUCGGACUUCCUGGCCAUUGAUGGGGAGUUUUCAGGCAUCAGUGAUGGGCCUUCUGUUAGUGCAUUAACCAAUGGCUUUGACACUCCAGAAGAAAGAUAUCAGAAACUUAAAAAGCAUUCCAUGGAUUUUUUGCUCUUUCAGUUUGGCCUUUGCACUUUUAAAUAUGAUCAUACAGAAGAAAAGUAUAUAAUGAAGUCAUUUAAUUUCUAUAUUUUUCCAAAACCCUUUAACAGAAGUUCACCAGAUGUCAAGUUUGUCUGUCAGAGUUCAAGUAUAGAUUUUUUAGCAAAUCAAGGAUUUGAUUUUAAUAAAGUGUUUCGCAAUGGAAUUCCAUAUUUAAAUCAGGAAGAAGAAAGACAACUAAGGGAACAGUAUGAUGAAAAACGUUCUCAGGCCAAUGGUGCAGGCUCUCUGUCAUACAUUUCUCCUAAUGCCACAAAGUGUCCUGUAACAAUCCCUGAAGACCAGAAAAAUUUCAUUGAAAAAGUAGUGGAACAGAUAGAAGACUUGCUAAAGAAUGAAGAAAAUGAAAGUUUGGAACUGGAGCCAUGUACAGGAUUUCAGAGGAAAUUAAUUUAUCAGACUUUGAGCUGGAAAUAUCCAAAAGGUAUCCAUGUGGAAACUGUGGAGUCAGAUAAGAAGGAGAGAUAUAUUGUUAUUAGCAAGGUAAAUGAAGAAGAGCGAAAAAGAAGAGAACAGCAGAAACAAGCAAAAGAACAGGAGGAGUUGAAUGAUGCAGUAGGAUUUUCCAGAGUCAUUCAUGCCAUUGCUAAUUCUGGGAAGCUUGUUAUUGGGCACAACAUGCUGCUGGAUGUUAUGCAUACCAUACACCAGUUCUAUUGUCCCCUACCUGAUGACCUAAAUGAGUUCAAGGAAGUAACAUCAUGUGUCUUUCCCAGGCUAUUGGAUACUAAACUGAUGGCAAGUACACAACCUUUUAAGGAGAUCAUUAAUAAUACAUCCCUUGCAGAACUGGAAAAGCGUUUAAAAGAGGUUCCAUUUAGCUCUCCUAAAGUUGAAAGUGCUGAUGGGUUUCCAAGUUAUGAUACAGCUUCUGAACAACUUCAUGAAGCAGGAUAUGAUGCUUACAUUACUGGGCUGUGCUUCAUCUCCAUGGCUAAUUUCCUAGGUUCAUUUCUCAGUCCUCCGAAAAACCAUGUGUCUGCUAGAUCAAAACUCAUUGAACCCUUUUUUAACAAGCUAUUUCUUAUGAGAGUAAUGGACAUACCAUAUCUCAAUUUGGAAGGACCAGACUUGCAGCCAAAACGAGAUCAUGUUCUUCAUGUUACUUUUCCCAAAGAGUGGAAGACUAGUGACCUGUACCAGCUUUUCAGUGCCUUUGGUAACAUUCAGGUUUCAUGGAUUGACGAUACAUCAGCAUUUGUAUCUCUGAGCAAGCCAGAACAAGUACAAAUAGCUGUAAACACCAGCAGGUAUGCCGAAAGUUAUAGGAUCCAGACAUAUGCAGAAUAUGUUGAGAAAAAACAUGAAGAUAAACGGGCAAAACGAAAAUGUACAGAAGAUAGUUGGAAGGAGAUGGAGAGAAAGCGGUUAAAAACUCAGUGUGCAUCUUACAUUUCCCAGAGUCGAUACUACUGUGUUAACAGUUUUACAGGUACAAGUACAGUGGGAAAAAGAAGCAUGAGUCCUAUUCAGGAAGAAACUAGUUCUGAUGAUAUGGAAGAGGGAGAAGGCCAAGAUAAAGAAUAUGAUCAGACAGAGUCCUGUGCAGAGUGCCUCCCAGAUGGUAAGAAGAGAGCCAAAAAAUUCAAAAAGAUCAAGACAGGACAAGUUCCAGCAGGAAGCCUCACAACUAGUUCCACUGGAAUUUUUGAAGUCCCUGAAACAUGGUAGGAAACAACUGCCUUAACAAGUGGAAAUGAUUGAAAGCAGUUGCAGGAAUAACACCUCUUGGAAGCCAUACUUUAUUUAAAUAAAGUGGUGUUAACAAAG